AUCGGGGUUACAGAGCUGUCCUAUCAACCUAUUCUACAACAACACGUCCACACAGUGAUUACCAACUGUGGUCAGCCCAUGAUGACAUCAGAGGAAAAGGUGGAUGCGUCCUCUGAACAAGUCAUAAAAGCUUUUACAUUACAUUAUUCUCCAGGGCCUUCGAAGGUAGGAGAAAGGUCCCGAGCAUGCAGCCCCGAUAUUCCCUAA